AAACAGGUAAAAUGUCAAAACGUAAAGGUGUAUCUCUUGACGAGAAACGUGCAAGAAUGCUUCAAAUAUUUUAUGAGAAAAAAGAAUUUUUUACUUUAAAAGAACUAGAGAAAAUUGCACCAAAAGAGAAAGGCAUUGUAGUUCAAUCAGUAAAAGACGUACUUCAGGCAUUAGUAGAUGAUGGAUUAGUAAGAUCAGAAAAAAUUGGUACUUCUGUAUACUUUUGGACUUUUCCAGGUGAAAACAUUACUGCUAUAGAACAGAGAAUAUCUGAAGCUUCUAAAAAAAUAGUAGAGGCAGAUUUCAAGCUUCAGAAACUAAAGGAAAUUUGUACAAAAGAAAAGAUUGGAAAGGAAGAUACAGAGGAACGACAAAGUGUGUUACAUGAAGUAGAAGAACUAAAGGCAAAAGAGGAUCAACUCAAGAAACAAAUUGCUAAAUUUAUUGACGCAGACCCUGAAGAAAUAGCUAAACUUGAAGAAAAAGCUCAGGUAUAUAAAGAUGUUACCAAUGUAUGGACAGAUAACAUUUUUGCUAUUCAAAGUUGGUGCAAAAAUAAGUUUGAUAUUUCUGAAGCAAAUCUUAAUAAACAAUUCAAUAUUCCUGAUAAUUUAGAUUAUAUAGAAUAA